AUGGUAGGGUUGAAGUCUCCUCGGCCUCCGUUUCUAGUUGUUUCCUUUGUGUUUGUUCCCUUUUCUUCCCUAAAAAGAACGAAAGAAAUUGUUUCCUUCCCUAAAAAGCAUCUUAGACCGGAUAAACAUCUCUGUGGCGGAGAAAAGCUGAGUUGCACUCGAUGGGUUCCGAUUACUCGUGUUUCGGUUCUCGAACAUACUUAUGGAACUUGUCAUAUGCAAGAUUUCCGUGAGUUCCUUCUCUACAGUAAUCCUACCGUAAUUUCAGAACUUGCUUCCGAAGUACACAGUACUGAGCGUGUACCGCAAAACCUACACGAGGAGGAGAGUGCCACAGCACGUGAGCACACUGUACGAGGACUAAAAGAUCAGAUAGUCGUUUCCGAGCUCACCGAAGCGGUACCUGCCAAGGAAAUCGUAAUCGACAAGGACGGAGCCGAGGAUAUUGGAAAGCUUGUUGAGCAAAAAUCAAACGAAAUUCUCAAGAAAGUCGAGAACGUUUCCGCCGAAGUAGCCAAGGAUCUGAAGGAUUUUGCGAAGGACACAAAAGCCUCCGCGGAGGCGAGCAUCAUGCCAAAAGUCGAAACAAUUAGUGCCAAGGUCACAGAAGGCCUUGAAAAAGCUUUCGAUAGCGUCGAUGAGGUAUUGAAGAAGACCGACGAGGCCACGACAGAGGCGGCAGAACUUGCCUCACGACUAGGCUCAGCUAUUACUGGCGCUAUAGCGGAGACGACUGCCACGACCCCGUCCCCAACGAAGGAAUCGGCUACCCAAUCACCAGCUGUGGGAUCACCCAUCGAACCACCCCAUCAGCAGAUUAUCGUUGGUGAAACCACAGCAACAAAAACUUAA